UCUCUCUCACACAUACAACGAUCACAGACAGACGAACAAACACAGUACCUUUUCGCUGCUGGGGUGCAUGUUCUCUCUAUACUUUUCUUAAAUCCUCCGCAAUCUCACGUCUUUUUCACCAAAUUCCUCUCUUUACAGCAAAACCCCUUAUUAAUUACACCCUAAUUGCCAGCUCCCCGAUUAGGGUUUUCCAACAAUCCAAUCGAAUUCAACCUCAAUUGUUUUCGAUUUCGAUCUUUAAACCCAGAUUCCCGAUUUAAUCGGAACUUGUAGCCUACUCUUUUCUCUCUCUUAGGGUUUGGGAUUUCAUCGGGUGUUAAUGAAAGAUUAGUAUUGGAAGGAAACUCAUCAGUGUUCUUCUUUCUUUGUAUUCUUUCUCUUGCUGUUGUGGCCUUUACAAUCAUAAGAAAAGAACAAUGGAGAAGUACGAGCUUGUGAAGGAUAUAGGAUCUGGGAAUUUUGGAGUUGCGAGGCUGAUGAGGAACAAGGUUACUAAAGAGCUUGUUGCUAUGAAAUAUAUAGAAAGAGGGCACAAGAUUGAUGAGAAUGUUGCUAGAGAAAUCAUAAAUCACAGAUCACUUCGACAUCCAAACAUAAUCCGGUUCAGAGAGGUGGUUCUCACCCCCACUCACCUUGCUAUUGUCAUGGAGUAUGCGGCCGGAGGGGAGCUUUUCGAGAGGAUUUGCAAUGCUGGAAGAUUCAGUGAAGAUGAGGCUAGAUACUUCUUCCAACAGCUUAUAUCAGGAGUUCACUACUGCCAUUUCAUGCAAAUAUGCCAUAGAGAUUUGAAGCUCGAGAACACUCUUUUAGAUGGGAGCCCUGCACCACGGCUGAAAAUUUGUGAUUUUGGCUACUCAAAGUCAUCUCUGCUACACUCGAGACCAAAAUCCACAGUUGGCACUCCUGCAUACAUUGCUCCUGAGGUUCUUUCUCGUAGAGAAUAUGAUGGCAAGACGGCGGAUGUUUGGUCUUGUGGAGUGACACUUUAUGUGAUGCUGGUUGGGGCAUACCCCUUCGAAGACCAAGAAGAUCCAAAAAACUUCAGGAAAACGAUUCAACGAAUAAUGAGUGUUCAAUACAAGAUCCCAGACUAUGUUCACAUAUCUCAAGAUUGUAGACAUCUUCUUUCUCGGAUAUUUGUAGCCAAUGCUUCCAGGAGAAUCACCCUAAAAGAAAUCAAGAGCCAUCCAUGGUUCCUGAAGAAUUUGCCAAGGGAACUAACAGAAGCAGCACAAGCGGUGUAUUACAGGAAGGAAAACCCGACGUUUUCCCCACAAAGCGUGGAGGAUAUCAUGAAGAUCGUGGAGGAAGCAAGGUCACCUCCGCCAGUUCCACGAUCCCACGGAGGGUAUGGAUGGGGAGAUGAGGACGAGGAUGAUGACGAGGAUGAUAAAGAAGAGGAGGGAGAAGCAGGAGAUGAAGAAGAUGGAGAAGAAGAUGAGUAUGAUAAGAGAGUGAAAGAAGCUCAUGAAAGUGGAGAAAUUGGGCCUAUAUAAAAUGAUUGGUUGCAUGAGUUGGAGGGUUUGUGUAAAAAAAUGGAGGUUAAUAAGUCUGUGUAAAUGUGUGUGGUAUUUAUGUCAAAUAGGUGUGCUGCUGUGUGAGAACAUUAGGUUUGUGAUGAUGGUUCCAUUUCAAUUGCAGGAAUUGGCUUCUUUUUGGUAAAAAAAUAUAUAUUAUGAUAAUUAUGUUUAA